ACCAUAAAACAACGUGACCUUCCACCAUUUGAGAAUCGUAAGCGUCGACACAAGUGAAGUCAAGUCGGUGGAUAUUUCGGACGUUUUGCGAAGUGCAGUCGUCUUUAAUUGAACUUUUAUAACGACGGACAAGAAACUGAGCCCUGCCGGUAACAACUUUUGUUGUGUUUGAAUUCGCAAAGCCAAUGUAAUAUCCUGUGAUACAUUAUCUUUUCACAUCAGAAACAGACAAUUAGUUUAUCACGAUGAUGCGACUUGUUUUUACUCUGAAACACUGCAAAUGCAGUUUUUUUGUGGCACCCCGUGUUCUGAGGGGGCAUAGCUGUAGUUCCUUACCCGUGAGCAGUGCCUGUCAUCGCAGAUCACACUCCUUCACCCGCCACCUAAGUUCAGGAAUCCCCACGUGGAAAGAUCCUUCCCAGUUAGAAAGAGAGUCAGAGGAAAUAGAGACAAUUGAAUUGGAUAAAUGGAAAUCUGUGAUGAGAUCAAAAGCUGCAUUAGAAGAGAAACAAGUCAGUAAUGAAGAGGAAGCAAGUGACGACGACGAUGAUGAAAGUGUCAAUGGGGCAGGGGGUGCUUCAAAUGACAGUUCUUUACUGGAAGCAACCCGGGAACUUGUUGAGAUGUGGCGACAAGCUGGGAGGUUUGUUCCUCGGGAAAUCACAGAUGAAGAGGUUCAGACCCUGGCAGAGCUCACCACCAAGGCCUCCAGGAAAAAGUACCUUAAGUAUCUAACCGUCAAGGAGAGCUCCAAAAAGGCCCGUAAGGAGAAGCAGCAGCAGAAGAAGGCAGAAAGGGAAGCUUCAAUACAGCAGGCACGAGAACAGGACAGCAGUGCGGAGGAAGGGGAUGAUCAGAGAGGACGGGAAAUGAAAAGCACAUUCCUCCUUCAGUUUUGGAGCAGUUCCCUGGACAAACUGCUGGCUUGGAGGAGUGCGCAGGCCAUGUUGUUUGAUCAGCCACUAGUGUUUGACAUGAGCUACGAUGUUAAUAUGUCCAAACGAGAGUUAGAAAACACAGUGUCCCAACUGAUGGAGGUGGAAGGCUGUAAUCGGCGUGCAACUGAGCCCUUUCACCUCCACUUUUGCAACCUCCAGCCAGAUGGGGCCUACAUGCGAGAGCUGCUGAAACGAUAUAGUUCGGAGACCUGGGACCGGCUGCUCAUCACCAGCAGUGACCGUCAACAUGUUGAUCUGUUUCCCUGUGACCAGCUGGUCUACCUCACUGCAGACUCCCCCAAUGUUCUCCGUACCUUUGACCACUCCAAGGUCUAUAUCAUUGGAGCUAUUGUGGACCGGUCGAUCCAGCCGGGCCUGUCAUUGGCUAAUGCCAAACGUCUGAAACUGGCAACAGCUCGUUUACCUUUGGAUGAGUUCCUCCGCUGGGGGACGGGAGCCAAAAAUCUAACCCUGGACCAGAUGAUGCGCAUAAUGCUCACCCUCAAGGAAACAGGGAAUUGGGAUGAGGCACUAAAGCAAGUUCCAACAAGGAAGCAUGAUGGCUUCCACAAACAUCAACCACAGAAGAUUUCAGAGAACAGAGUCAAGGGACUGAAAAAGGCAAAAGAGAACGGUGACAGGACGUUGAGAUCAGCGCAAGGUAGUAGUGAAAAGUCAUCUACAAAUGCAUAUAGGAGUAUUUACAGGCCCCAGCAAGAGCCUGGAUUUACAGUUCCACACACACACACUGAGGGGUCCAGAGUCCAGAACAAAUCAACUGUAUCCAGAGUACGGACGUCGUUCAAGAACAACAUGGAUGGGACGAGAAGUGUAGACAGACGCAAGAUGUGGUGGAAUAAUGAGUAAAGGCUCAACUAAAGAGAUGCGUUGAGAAAUAAAAGAAAGUAUGGUAAAUAAA